AUGGAACCUGUGAUGAACGACGACGCGACCGCUCAUGAGCCACCGUCGCCUCGGGACUAUGCUCGCAAACCGCUGAGCUGCUCGACAUGCCGGAUCAAAAAGAUUCGCUGUGAUAGACGCAUACCAUGCUGCCACUGCGCCAAGGCAAAUAUCCGAUGCACUUUUCCAUCACAAAGAAAACCAAGGGAACGCAAGCCUCAUCUUAAAAACCGCCCCGCCGAGGAGCAGAGUGCGUACGAGGCUAUUGGCGAUGGGUUAGCAGACCGGUUGCAAAGCUUGGAAGCCCAGGUUACAACCCUGCAAACGCAGUUGGUAGAUGCCAAAAGCGACAAAUUGCCAGCUUCGAAUAAUGAGCUCGUGAAACGGGCAGCAUAUCAUCCGCGCGCGACUUCGGCUGGCGCUGUUACGCAUAUUAAAUCGUCGUUCUGGGCGAGCAUCAAUUUCGAGUUACGGCAGCAGCUUUCAUCGCGGCGCUCAAACGGCAUGCAGCCGCAAUUCCAGUACAGUACGCUUGCAGGGCCUAGCUUUUCUCUCCAAAACCAGCCCGAUGUUUCCAUGCUCCUAGUUAAGUCGUUUCAAGGACUGCGACAUCCACUCCACCACCCACCAGAAUCACAAAUUAUCCUCUUUUGGCAUGUUUUCAAGGAGAAUGUCGAGCCCAUGGUCAAGCUGCUACACUGUCCGACAAUGGCACAAUUGGUCGAGAGGGUGCUUUGGCAUCGGCACACACUCUCCAUCGCGGAACAUGCUCUGCUGUUCUCAAUUUACUAUGUAGCGACGGCGGCCAUGACGGAAGAGACGAUUAUUCGAGAAUUUUCAGUCUCCAAAAGCGCUUUGCUCAGUCGUAUGCGAGUCCUGGUAGAACAAGCACUUAUUGCUGCCAAGUUUGCCAGUGCAGUGGAUGUCACCGUUCUACAAGCAGUCAUGUAUUUCGUACUGGUUCUCCGCAAGACGGGCGAAGCGCGUAGCGCUGGAAGCCUAGUGGCUAUCGUCGUCCAUCUCGCACAGUGCCUGCGCCUUCACAAAGAUGGUGCAGGCGUUUACGAUCUCACGCCAUUCCAACGAGAGAUACGUCGCCGCUUAUUCUGGUGCAUUGUUGUCUUGGAUCACCGCUCAGCCGAGGACCUGGCCACCGAUCCCAUGAUUCCCGAGUCCAUGUGGGAUACACCCCUGCCGCUCAACAUCAACGAUGAUGAUUUCAGUGAGAGCUCUUCUGUCAUGCCAGAACCGCGAGAUGGCAUGACGGAAAUGACAUUCAGUUUAAUUCGUGUGCACACUCUGCAAACCUCGGUCAGGAUAAGGCGACUCGCCUCAGAAGAGCCUGGCCAAACGAUUGAGACGCUUGACCAACUUUGCGAGGACAUGUGGCGAGAAACGCACGAGAUGCUCAGAAAGAUUUUUGUAGAUCCGAAUCCCAGCCACGAGCUGGCUUGGGCAGCAGAGUGGAUGGCGUCGUGCAUCAUCUCCAAAAUGAAGCUGACAGACCAAUGCUCAUUCUACUCACCAGAAGACGCGCACACCAUGACUGAGGCGAUGCAACGGCGAUCCACGGCGCACCUUGCCUCGGCGAUUCGCGUCAUGGAACAGAAUCACUCUGCCAAUCUAGACGACCGCUGGGCCAAGUGGAAAUGGAGUUUUGUCGCGUACUCGCGCUGGCACGGCUCGGCUAUUCUAUUCAAAGAAAUGCUCCGGCGGCAGUGGACGCCCGUCAGCGAGCAGGGCUGGGUCACGCUGCACAAAAUCAUGGGCGACUCCAAGCUGGGCGAGCUCGAGUGCCUGCGAGACCAGCCGGUGAUGCCGCUGCCGUUUGGCUUCAUCUACGAGCUUACCAAGAAUUACCGAGAGUCCGAAUUUGCGCGACUGCGCAGCCAGCCGGAGGAGGCGCAACGGCUGUGCGAUGAGGCCGUGCGCGACCGGCAGCACCACUACGGCACUAGUGGCGACCGUCCCGGGGUUUCGGCCUCAUCUCUGGCGCGCUGGCAGCGGGCUGCGGGUCUCGUCCACCACACGGCCGAGGAGGGCAUCUCCGCGCCAGGCCCGCCCGGCCUUAUCGCGCCCCUAGAAGAUGUGGAAAGCGUCACAGAUGUUGAGAAUGCGCUCGCCAUGGCGCAAUCUCUGCCCAAUGUUUGUAAUCAGGCGCUGAUGCCCACGGCGCCACUCGGCUAUGACCCGGGAACGGACCCGUGGCCGCUGGGGGAGGCUUUGCCGGUGGAAUACAUGGAGAAUAUACUGGACGAGAUCUUCUAG